AUGUCGCGGCGCCAAUUGACAGUGUUUGAAACUUGUGUGACGCCAUUGCGACAAGACCCAACAACUGCUGUUUAUUGUUGUUUUUCCUCUAUACAGAAUGAAGAAACCCGACACGAAAGGCUACUCCAGAAGAAGGCGAUCCAGCGAAAUCGCCGAACUCGAAAACUCUCCAAAGAGGAGAAGAUCGAGCGAAUCUGCCAAACAUUACCUCACAAUUCGAUCGACCGUUUUCACCUGCCACGCUUGCAAGAAAAGUUGGUGUCAAUCUUUCUAUGA